UUGUAGUUUGAGCUUGACUGACAGUCAGCUGUUAGUUUAGUUUGUCAACAUGUCGCAUUAACCGGCAAAUAACCGGUAACUAACCAGGUUUAACCGGGUUAACGGACAGUGUUGGCCGGAGUAUGGAGACGUUCAGUAAACUGAGCAGCAUGUUGCUGCACGCGCUGGAGACGAGGGAGCCCACAUUGGACCUGCUAGACUCCUUUGUGGAUCAUUGGAAAUCAAUAACUAAUUAUUACAUCGAGACGACAGAUGACAGUCGUCCUGUCAAACAGACAGAGAUCCCAUGGCGUCUAAGACAGAUGUUGGACAUCCUGGUGUACGAGGAGAAACAGGCUGUGGAGGACACAGGAGCCUGUAUGGAGUAUCUGCUGCAACACAAACUGCUGGAGACUCUGUGCACUCUGGGGAAGGCUCAGUAUCCUCCAGGUAUGGUCCAGCAGGUCCUGUUGUUCUUCUCUAAGUUGUUGUCUCAGAUCCAGAAGCCUCUGCUGCAGCUGGUCAACGUCUACAGACCUGUACAGAAGCUGAUUCGUCUCUGUGCACUUCCUGGUUCCCACACUGAGAAGGAGGAGGCCCAGUUCUUAUUGGUCGUCUGCUCCAGAGUCAAACAGGAUCCGCACACGCUCAGAUACGUCUUAGAGAUUCUGGACCAACCAGCAGCCAGGGCACCAGCCUCUGACCAAUCGCAGCCCUGCACUCAAGCCUCUAGUCACAGGACAGAGCCCCACCUCUCCAGCCAGUCAGACAGCCCUGUCCAAUCGGAGUCCGGUCUGCUGUCGGCUCUGCUGCAGCUCACUAUGAGUCAGCGGGGCUCGGUGUGUCAAAAGGCCUAUGAGAGCUUCCUGCUGCUGGCUGCUCUUCAGCCUGAAUCCUCAGGGGAGAUUCUCUCAGAGCAGACCCAGCUGGGAGAGCUGUUGGCUGGGAGGCUGCUGCAGCUUUAUUCCCUGCUGCCUCUGGAGGGUCUGGAUCCUGGAGAGGUGCAGAGCUGGCCUCGUACGCCCUGGUGCUCGGAGUCUUCGUCUUCUGAUCACAUGACCACCUUCUUCUCCUGGUUGGACUUCCUGGAUCAGCUGAUGAGUAAAGCUCCUCAGGUGUUAGCACUGAAGCUAGCUCGGUGUGUUCAUCAGUUCUGGUUGGUGGACGUCCUUCAGCCUCAGCUGCUGAACACGUGUGAGCAGAUGGUUCUGGUCUCCACCUCCGUCCUCUCUGCUGCUGUCCGUCUCGUCCAGUCCUCGUCUCUGCUGGAUCAGCUGGUUCACUUCCUGCUGAGGACGAACGCAGUGUCUCACCUGCUGCUUCAGCGCUGCGACCACAUCUCUGACCAGAUCAGCAUGGCGUCUCUGUCUCUGCUGGAGGAGUUACUACAGAAGCCUCACAGGGACAUUUUGAACGUCCUGGUGUUGAGUUUCCUGCAGAGUCGCAGUUACCUGUCUCCACCUGCUGCAGGGCCUGAGGACCGACACGCCGAGAGCAAUGAGGCCAACCAGGACAGCGAUGGUCUGGAGGAAGACCCGUUCUUCUCUGACAGCUCGUUCUCAGACGGUCCCCCUCCUCUCUGCUCUCCCUCCACUACCCCCCCCCCUGGUCUGGGAUCAGCUGACGUCGUCAACAGUUUCCUGUGUCUAGUUCCUGUUCAGGUUCGAUCAGCUCAUCUGCUGCAGGAGGGAGGAUACGAGUCGUACGUCCACGACGCUCACACACUGGUGACAGACUGUCAGUCUCUCUCUCUGUCCUGGGAUUGGCCGCUCAGCCCCCCCCCCCCCUCAGAUGAGGUGGACAAGUUUUUCGAAGGUCCUCUGUUCAAAGUCCUGUUCGACCGACUGGGACGCAUCUUGGAGCAGCCGUACGAGCUGAACCUGCAGCUCACUGCAGUUCUGUCCCGACUGUCGGCCUUUAACCACCCCCUGUUGCACGAAUACCUGCUCAACCCCUACAUACACCUGUCUCACUGCUGCAGGUCGCUCUUCUCUGUCCUCAUCAGGUUGAUGGCAGAGUUAAUGCAGAGGAUCCAGCAGGUGUCUAACCUGACAGACAGACUGUUGGACACCAGGAGAAAUCUACUGGGACUGAACCCUAACACAGGACUGGAGCACCUGACCCUGCUAAAAGGAGUCAUCGUCCUUGAGGAGUUCUGCAAGGAGCUCGCCGCCAUCGCCUUCGUGAAACUGCCCCUGAACCAGCAGUGACUCACCUGGACCAGCAGUGACUCACCUGUGCCUUAAUGAACUCCUCCUGACUCUCUGCCCUCAUACCACAGUUUUAGUUAUUUAUUAUAGUUUUUAUAUUUAUUAUAAUUGAAUCAUGAAAGACAAGAAGAACUGAUAUAAUAUGAGCCAGAGAACUUCUCCUCGUCGAGGAUGAUGAGCCUGUCCCCCGCUGUGAUCCAUCCUCCAUAUUGGUGCUGCUCUGUAACUUCCAGUGCUGCCAGAAUAAAUGAUGGAGCACAAAAUAAAGUUUAUCUGAAGUUAAAAUUAAACUUCAGUCUGUUUGGU